CCCCUAUAGAGCACAAUAAGGAUAUGACUGAGCAGGUGUAUUGGUAGUUGGACACUAAGGAUUAUCUAUGCACUAUUCUGUAUAGGAUCUGACAUCCCCAAAUCACUAUAGGUGCCCCCCUGUCACUUUAAACCCCCCCCCCUGCGGAUUUAUCACUAAAGCUUAAACUCACAGUACAAUGUUACCCUUGGUAAGUCGGACUGCUCUGCGCCCUGCUGCCUACCUACAGACAUGGGGCAGAAUAGGGAUAGGCAAGCAACAGGGCACCAGGAGCGGCUCCAUGCUGGGCUGCAGGUUACUGGGCACCCACCCAAGGAAGGAGCCUAUUGAAUCCCUCAACACAGCCCAAGGGGCCAAGGACUUCAUCUACAGCCUCCAUGCCACCGAGAGGAGCUGCCUCCUGCGGGAGCUGCACAAAUUCGAGUCUAUAGCAAUUGCACAAGAAAAGCUGGAAGUCGACCCUCCAUCUUCAGGGCAGCUAAAGCACGUUUUCUUCCACAAUGCACUUCCAUUCAUAGGAUUCGGCUUCUUGGAUAAUGCCAUCAUGAUUGCUGCCGGGACACAGAUAGAACUGUCUAUUGGGGUCAUAUUAGGAAUAUCCACCAUGGCAGCCGCGGCCUUAGGAAACCUAGUGUCAGACUUAGCGGGACUUGGCCUUGCAGGUUAUGUGGAAGCCUUGUCUUCUAGGCUAGGCCUGGCGAUCCCUGACCUGACACCGAAACAAGCAGAUAUGUGGCAAACACGCCUUAGUGCCCACUUGGGCAAAGCAAUAGGAGUGUCCAUUGGUUGCAUAUUAGGAAUGUUUCCCCUGCUGUUCUUUUCAUGGGAUGAAGAGGAGAAUGCGGAGAAGAAGAAAUAACAGUGACUGUCUCAGCGACACUAUUACCCUGUAUAAUUUGCAGUGCACAGACAGUAAGGCUGGAAGUCCUACGUGGGAACAAAUGGCAUUGGGAAGGUUGUGUGCACUCCAUCAGAUCAUCAGACUGUUCCCCCGACAUUCAUUGACUGAAUCUUUAUAUGCAGAGACGCGGCAAACCUCGCCCGUGGCUUCCAGGAAAAGAGCAAGCGCUUUGUCACCGAGGGGUCUGAGCGGCAGUUCCUAUCCAUAGGGACCUCCAGCUUCUCCUGAACUCCAACUCUUAGUACUUUGCUGCUGAAGGAGGCGCUAAGAGUUGUAGUUCAGCAGUUGUUCUAUCAUUCAUAUAUAUAAUAUAUUGCAAACACUAACCAGGUACAGGCUCUUUUCAAUAAAAUGAAUCUGUACCUGCAAGUGGCUCCUGUGUGAGAUAUUAUUUAGUGGCAUUCAGAGACCCAUAAGCACCAGUCUGUAUGCCCUGAAGGUUUGUGCAACACCCAGAAAUGAUUGCCCCUUCUGAAGCUCCUUCUGCUAUUGCAGGACUUGGAAGUGGAGAAUAAAAGACACUAAUGUUACCCCCCUCCAGAGUGUGAGCCGGUACUGCUCACUGCCAGACAAGGCCAUAAUUAAUAAUGCUAUAGAGGAUCCUACAUACACAGGCACUUGUUGGGUGGCUUACACUGGCCAUUUGGCAUUUGCUGCUCUGACAAAUGAUCCAUUUGAAGCUGGUUACUAGUUAGUCUGCUCGCAUUUUCUUGUGUGACUCGGAUAGGGAGCACUGUGCCGCAUUUAGGUGCCUCGGAUAGGGAGCACUGUGCCGCAUUUAGGUGCCUCGGAUAGGGAGCACUGUGCCACAUCUAGGUGCCUCGGAUAGGGAGCACUGUGCCGCAUUUAGGUGCCUCGGAUAGGGAGCACUGUGCCACAUCUAGGUGACUUGGAUAGGGAGCACUGUGCCACAUCUAGGUGCCUCGGAUAGGGAGCACUGUGCCGCAUUUAGGUGCCUCUGAUAGGGAGCACUGUGCCACAUCUAGGCGCCUCAGAUAGGGAGCACUGUGCCACAUCUAGGUAACUCGGAUAGAAAACACUGCCGCAUUUAGGGUAUCAGUCAAUGGUGGGAUGUCACUAAGUCAGACAUAAUCCCAAAACACUCACAUUUGUUAUUGCAUAGAGCACUGAAUGGCACAAGAAGAAAAGACAUUUUCAGGGGCAUACGGCCGAGCCCAAAGACCAGAGUGUUGGUGCCUUUAGCUUCCAUUGCUUUCCAUGAGAGCAUUCCUCCAUUAGAAAAAAAUGGAGGCAACUACUAGCCCAUUGUACAGUAUAAGCCAGGGGGCCAGUUCACGGUCUCUCAGACUAUUGGGGGGGGGGCCUGGUAUAAGCUGUAAUGAGGGCAAAGCUGUGGCCACAGCUUAUUGGCUAGUUCUAGGGGAGACACUGUUGCCUCAGUAGAUUUCUAGGGAUACCUACCAGCUCUCCACCUCUUCUCCUACAAUUUAUUUAUCCUGGGCAAAUGCAUAACUGGCUGGAGCUUUAUAAAUGAAUAACGAUGAUGAUCCUGUCCCUUAGGAACCCAUUUACUGACAUUAAGGAUCUUCCCCCCCCCCCCCCCGAGGUUUGAAAGGAGUCUUAUAACUUUAUUAUUGCAUGGUUUUAAUCUCUGACUGUGCUCAGCUGGAGCUGCAUGCCUCAUCUGAGAACUCUUGUAUUGUAUUUUCUUCUUUCUAACUUAAAAAAAUAUACAUUGAUUAGCAUUUUAAAUGUAAAAAAACUAAUUGCUUCCCCUUUAAAAAGAAAUAUGUUUAUUCUCCCAGGAACACUGCCCCCGUCCCCCCUGAUAAUAAUGUAUUUAAUUCAAUGAUGUAGUGUUAGUAUUACAUUUGUUCUUAUUAUCUUUUUAUAUGAUAAAGACAGAUCCGAAAUUAAAGUUUGAAGCUGUG